GAAGCGGCCGAACCUCGAGCGGACUGUGAAGCGGCGCCUCCUGGAGGAUCGGCCGCGGGCCCUGGAGAUCCCGGAUCUCGGCCACAGCCAUGACCCUCCGCCACCUUAGGAAGCUGCAGCAGAAGGAGGAGGCAGCUGCUGUGCCAGACCCUGCAGCCGCUGCCCCGGAUCAGGGGGCGGCCCCGGCCCCGGCUCCAGCCCCGGCUCCAGCCCCGGCCGCCUCCGCAGGGGAGGAGCUGUACGCCGCGCUCGAGGACUACCACCCGGCUGAGCUGUACCGCGCGCUGGCGGUGUCCGGGGGAACCCUGCCCCGCCGCAAGGGCUCAGGUUUCCGAUGGAAAAAUCUCAACCAGAGUCCGGAGCAGCAACGGAAAGUGCUCACAUUGGAGAAGGAAGAAAAUGAAACCUUUGGCUUUGAAAUCCAGACUUAUGGCCUUCACCAUCGAGAGAAGCAGAAAGUGGAGAUGGUGACCUUUGUGUGCCGAGUUCAUGAAGCCAGCCCAGCCCAGUUGGCAGGACUCACCCCAGGAGAUACCAUUGCCAGCGUGAACGGUCUCAAUGUGGAAGGAAUCCGGCACCGGGAGAUCGUGGACAUCAUCAAAGCCUCUGGCAAUGUUCUCAGACUGGAAACAGUAUAUGGAACCUCAAUUCGGAAGGCAGAGUUGGAGGCCCGGCUGCAGUAUCUGAAGCAAACUUUAUAUGAGAAGUGGGGAGAAUAUCGAUCACUGAUGGUUCAAGAGCAGCGACUAGUGCAUGGUAUCGUGGUGAAGGAUCCCAGUAUCUACGACACCCUGGAGUCCGUCCGCUCCUGCCUCUACGGGGCAGGCCUCCUCCCGGGCUCCCUGCCCUUUGGACCACUGCUCUCCGCCCCAGGCAGCUCCCGAAGCAGUUCAGGCCAGCCCAGAGAAGGCUCUGAUGACUCAGUCUACCACACGUGCUUCUUUGGAGGCGCAGAGCCCCCAGCCCUGUGCCCUCCAACCCACACCCAGGCUCCACCCCCACCCCCGGCACCUCGGCCUCUGCUGAGUCGAAGUGCCAGUGUCAAGUGCCCAGGACCCGGAGGAGGCGGGGGUGGUGGCACCUUGGGCCAGCUGUGGACAGAGGCUCGGGAGCAGGGCCUGUGUGGACCUGGGCUGCGCAAAACUAAGUACCAGAGCUUUCGCCGGCGGCUGCUCAAAUUCAUCCCAGGACUGAACCGCUCCUUGGAGGAAGAGGAGAGUCAGCUGUAG